UGUUCUUGCUUAAUCAGGUAGGAGCAUCUGGAGGAAAGUCACAGAAAUAAGGGGAUACCUGCACUGUCCCCUGCGCACAGAAACUGCCACCCUUGAUAGAAUCUUUUAAAUUCAGUGCACACAAAAAGAAAAAAAAUAAUUACAUCAGACACAAUGUUGAAAUCAUGCUUUAAAAUAAGCCAUUAUCGGAUAGCUCCUUGAUAGGCAUGAGCAGGUGUAACCUUAAUAUCUUGAUGAGUGGUCAGUUAUGUUUGCAGUGGUGGCUGGAUUAGAUAUUAUCUGUGGCCUAAAUCACUUUGUGCUGACGGCUUUGGAAAGUGAUAAUCCAAGGUGUGCCUUUAAAAGCCAGACUGUGGCCACCUGGGUCCAUCCCUCUCCGUCACUCUGCCCAACAGCCAGAAGAACCGACACAGAAGGGCUGAUAGCAACCGCGAACCGCAACCAUGAACGGCACAGAGGGACCAUUUUUCUAUGUCCCUAUGGUAAACACCACAGGAAUUGUCAGGAGUCCUUAUGAAUACCCUCAGUACUACCUUGUCAACCCAGCAGCCUAUGCUGCUCUCGGCGCCUACAUGUUCCUGCUCAUUCUCGUCGGCUUCCCUGUCAACUUCCUCACUCUCUACGUCACCAUCGAACACAAGAAGCUGCGAACCCCUCUAAACUACAUCCUGCUGAACCUCGCGGUGGCUAACCUCUUCAUGGUCUUUGGAGGAUUCACCACAACGAUGUACACCUCUAUGCACGGCUAUUUUGUCCUCGGACGCCUUGGUUGCAAUUUGGAAGGAUUCUUUGCUACCCUAGGCGGCGAGAUGGCGCUCUGGUCGCUGGUUGUACUUGCUAUUGAAAGGUGGGUGGUUGUCUGCAAGCCCAUCGCCAACUUCCGCUUCGGGGAGGAUCACGCUAUCAUGGGUUUGGGUUUCUGCUGGGUGAUGGCCUCAGCAUGCGCCGUGCCCCCUCUUGUUGGCUGGUCUCGUUACAUCCCUGAAGGCAUGCAGUGCUCAUGUGGAGUCGACUACUACACACGUGCAGAGGGCUUCAACAAUGAGUCCUUUGUCAUCUACAUGUUCGUCUGCCACUUCAUGAUCCCACUGGUUGUCAUUUUCUUCUGCUACGGCCGUCUGCUCUGCGCCGUCAAGGAGGCUGCUGCUGCCCAGCAGGAGUCCGAGACCACCCAGAGGGCUGAGAGGGAAGUCAGCCGCAUGGUUGUAAUGAUGGUCGUCGCCUUCCUGGUAUGUUGGUGCCCCUAUGCUGGUGUGGCUUGGUGGAUCUUCUGCAAUCAGGGAUCAGAGUUUGGACCAGUCUUCAUGACCCUCCCGGCCUUCUUUGCCAAGAGUUCCGCCAUCUACAACCCAAUGAUCUACAUCUGCCUGAACAAGCAGUUCCGCCACUGCAUGAUCACUACCUUGUGCUGCGGGAAGAAUCCCUUUGAGGAGGAGGAGGGAGCAUCCUCUACCAAGACCGAGGCCUCCUCUGCCUCAUCCAGCUCUGUGUCUCCUGCAUAA